AUGUCAAUCCCAAACAUAAAGAUAUCUCUUCCUCUUCCUUCUCAUCUCAAUCUCAAAAACUCAUCAACUCAAAAAGCAUCAUCAUCAUCAUCACCUAAACAAGAAAACUUCAACAAUCUAAACCCCACACAACUCCACAAAGCCAUUUCAACCCUAAACCCAACCCCUAACAACCUCAUCACCUCCUCACUUCUCCUCAAAGCAUGCAUCCGAACCAACAACUCCCACCUCGGCAAACUCCUCCACCACAAACUCACCGAUUCCCAACUCUCCCUCGACUCAGUCCUCCUCAACUCACUCAUCAGCCUCUACUCAAAAUCCGGCGACACCGAAACCGCGCUCUCUAUUUUCCAAACCAUGGAUGUAACCAAAAGAGACAUUGUUUCAUACAGUUCAAUCAUUUCUUGUUACGCAAACAAUAAAAAUCCGUUAAAAGCUAUUACUAUGUUUGUUGAAUUGCUUCACCAAGAUCGGAUUUUUCCUAAUGAAUAUUGCCUUACCGCGGUAAUUCGCGCGUGUGUGAAGAGUUCGAGGUUUUUUGAAACUGGGUUGAGUUUGUUUGGGUUUGUUUUGAAGACGGGGUACUUUGAUUCUCAUGUUUGUGUUGGUUGUGAGUUGAUUGAUAUGUUUGUGAAAAGUGGGGGUGGUGAUUUGGAGUCUGCACGGAAGGUGUUUGAUAGAAUGCGUGAGAGGAAUGUUGUUACUUGGACUUUGAUGAUUACUAGGUUGGCGCAAUUCGGGUUUUAUGGGGAUGCUAUUGGGUUGUUUUUGGAUAUGUUGGUGAGUAGUGGUUAUGUACCGGAUAGGUUUACGUUAACUGGUUUGAUAUCAAUGUGUGCUGAGAUUGAAUUUUUGAGGUUUGGGAAGGAGUUGCAUUCUUGGGUUAUUAGGUCUGGGUUGGUUUAUGAUUUGUGUGUUGGGUGUAGUUUGGUUGAUAUGUAUGCGAAAUGUGGGUUAAUGCGAGAUUCUAGGAGAGUGUUUGAUGGUAUAACGGGUCAUAAUGUGAUGUCGUGGACUGCGGUUAUAAAUGGAUAUGUGCGAGGUGGGGGAGGACAGGAAUGGGAAGCUAUGAGAUUGUUUAGUGAUAUGAUGGUUCAAGGCUGUGUUGCGCCAAAUUGCUUUACGUUCUCAGGUGUUCUCAAGGCUUGUGCUAGUCUACCUGAUUUUGGGUUUGGUGAACAGAUUCAUGGGCAGACGAUUAAAUUAGGCCUUUCUGAGAUUGAUUGUGUUGGGAAUGCUCUUGUUAGUGUGUAUGCAAGGUCCGGGAGAAUGGAAUGUGCUCGAAAGUGUUUUGAUGUUUUGUUUGAGAAGAAUUUGGUUUCGUGUAGCGGGGUUGUUGAUGAUGCAAGUGUGAUAGAUUCGAAUUUGAAUUCUGAACAAGACGUGAACCGCCAAAUUGAUUUCACUGGUAAUGGAGCUAGUUCAUUUACAUAUGCUAGCCUCUUGAGUGGUGCUGCUUGUAUCGGUACAAUUGGUAAGGGUGAACAAAUUCAUGCCAUGGUGGUGAAGAUGGGAUUUGGGACUGACCUAAGUGUUAAUAAUGCUUUGAUCUCUAUGUAUUCCAAGUGUGGAAACAAAGAAGCUGCUUUACAAGUCUUUAAUGACAUGGAGGAUCGCAAUGUCAUAACCUGGACCUCUAUCAUAAAUGGUUUUGCAAAACAUGGUUUUGCUUCAAAAGCACUAGAAUUGUUCUAUGAUAUGCUCAAAACAGGAGUGAAGCCGAAUGAUGUCACUUACAUUGCAGUUUUAUCGGCAUGUAGUCACGUUGGUUUAAUUGAUGAGGCAUGGAAACACUUCACUUCCAUGCGCGAUAACCAUGGAAUUGUUCCAAGGAUGGAGCAUUAUGCAUGUAUGGUUGAUUUGUUUGGUCGAUCUGGAUUGCUUUCCGAGGCUAUUGAAUUUAUAAACUCAAUGCCUUUUGAUGCUGAUGCAUUGGUGUGGCGUACAUUUCUUGGUUCUUGUCGGGUUCAUGGGAACACCGAGCUUGGAGAACAUGCCGCGAAAAUGAUUCUUGAACGGGAACCUCACGAUCCAGCUACUUAUAUACUAUUGUCGAACUUGUAUGCUUCAGGAGGACGGUGGGAUGAUGUAGCAGCCAUUAGAAAAAGAAUGAAGCAGAAACAGAUAACAAAAGAAGCAGGUUGUAGUUGGAUUGAAGUUGAGAGCCAGGUGCACAUAUUCCAUGUAGGGGAUACUUUACACCCUAAAGCUCAAAAAAUAUAUGAAAAACUUGAUGAAUUGGCUUUAAAAAUAAAGAAUGUAGGUUAUGUUCCAAACACAGAUUUUGUUCUUCACGACGUGGAAGAUGAACAAAAGGAACAAUAUCUAUUUCAACACAGUGAGAAACUUGCAGUUGCAUUUGCACUUAUUAGUACACCUAAUUCAAAACCUAUAAGGGUAUUUAAGAACCUUCGUGUUUGUGGUGACUGCCAUUCGGCGAUGAAAUAUAUAUCAACUGUCACUGGAAGAGAGAUUGUAGUGAGAGAUGCAAACAGAUUUCAUCACAUCAAGUAUGGUAAAUGCUCUUGCAAUGAUUAUUGGUAA